GGCCAUCAUGAGACUCUUUACGUCGUCGAUUCACGCGCUUGCUCUUGCAGCAGUCGCGUGCGCUCAUACCACUAUCUGGAGCGUUUGGGUUAACGGAGUGGAUCAGUCGAGCGGCGUCGGAAUCAGGCUUCCAGCGUACAAUGACCCCCCUCUACCAGCGAACCCUGCGAAGGGGCAAAGCGCCGGGUACAAUAACUCUCCCGUACAAGAUCUGACCUCAAUCGAUCUGCGCUGCAAUGUCUUGGGCGACGUCCAGAACCCACACACAGUUCCAGUACACCCCGGGGAUAUUGUCACUCUUGAAUGGCACCACAACUGGCGCAACACCUCUGACGAUAUCAUCGCCACGUCCCACCUCGGGCCGUCGAGUAUAUAUCUGUCACCCGACCCGCCAACCAACAACAGCUGGGUCAAGAUCCAAGAAGAAGGCCUCUCUGCUGAUGGCACCUGGUAUACUGGUCAGAAGCUGAACAUGCGGCAAGGCAAGCAAGACUUGCAGAUACCCUCUGGUAUCGCUCCUGGUUUCUACCUCCUCCGCUCUGAUCUCAUCGCUUUGCAUCAGGCUGAGAUCUCGCGUCUCACGAACAAGAACUUUGGCGCCCAGGUCUACGUCGGCUGCGUUCAGCUCGAGGUACUCGGAUCCGGAACAACCACCCUCCCAGUCGGUGUCGGCUUCCCAGGUGCAUACGGCUACAACGACCCCGGAAUUCUAUACAACAUCUAUAACACGCCCCUGCCUCCAUAUACCGUCCCCGGACCAACAGUGUGGAGCGGAGCUGCGCCAUCGCCAACGCCUCCUGUCUACGGCUCACCCUCUGGGUACACCACCGCCCCCAACUGGUCGACGUGGAUCGGGAGCGGGUUCCAGACAGCAACUUUACAAACAUCCGUCACCGUCGUCACUGGCACGGAAACUGUCACGCAGACGUACGUACCUGCAUGGUCAAGUGCAUACAAGACGCCAGCUCCGACAGCUUUCGAUGCCACGCGCACCUCGUUCGAGAGGGAAUUCACGACAGUCUCGCCGUCCGCUGCCAUGGCAGUGCCGACGAACGGCGUCUAG